AUGCGCGCCGGGCUCACGCUCUUCGACAAGAUCUUCCGGGACCACGUCGUCUCCGAGGACGACGGCGGCGCGGCGCUCAUCUACAUCGACCGCCACCUCGUCCACGAGGUGACGAGCCCCCAGGCCUUCGAGGGCCUCCGGCUCGCGGGCCGGCCCGUGCGGCGCCCCGACUGCACGCUCGCGACCGUCGACCACAACGUGCCGACGUCGAACCGGGACUCGUUCCACAGCGGCACGGAGAGCGUCGACACGUUCCUCGAGGACGUGGCGUCGCGGACGCAGGUCCUCGCGCUCGAGGAGAACGUCGCGGAUUUCGGCGUCAAGUACUUCGGCAUGAGCGACAAGCGGCAGGGCAUCGUCCACAUCAUCGGCCCCGAGCAGGGCUUCACGCUGCCCGGGACGACCUGCGUCUGCGGCGACUCGCACACGGCGACGCACGGCGCCUUCGGCGCGCUCGCGUUCGGCAUCGGCACGUCCGAGGUCGAGCACGUCCUCGCGACGCAGACGCUGCCCCAGAAGAAGGUGAAGAACAUGCUCGUGCGCGUCGACGGCCCGUUGCGGCCCGGCGUGACGUCCAAGGACAUCGUGCUCCACGUCUGCGGCGAGAUCGGCACCGCGGGCGGCACGGGCUGCGCGAUCGAGUUCGCCGGCGAGGCGAUCCGCGGCCUCACGAUGGAGGGCCGCAUGUCCAUCUCGAACAUGGCCAUCGAGGCCGGCGCGCGCGCGGGCCUCAUCGCCCCGGACCAGGUCACCUACGACUACCUCGAGGGCCGGCCCAUGUGCCCGACGGGCGCGGAGUGGGACGCGGCCGUCGCAUACUGGGACACGCUCGGGAGCGACGCGGACGCGGCCUACGACACGACGGUCAUCAUCGACGCCAAGGACAUCGCGCCGACCGUGACCUGGGGCACGUCGCCCCAGGACACGGCGCCCAUCACGGCCGUCGUGCCCGACCCCGCGGACGCGGCCGACGCGCCGCGCAAGGCGGCCAUGGAGCGGUCCCUGGCCUACAUGGGCCUCGAGCCGGGCACGAAGCUCGCCGACGUGCCCGUGGACAUGGUCUUCAUCGGGUCCUGCACGAACGGCCGCAUCGAGGACAUGCGCGCCGUCGCGGCCGUCGCCGAGGGCCGGAAAGUCGCCGCGAACGUCGAGCGCGCGAUGGUCGUCCCCGGCAGCGGCCUCGUCAAGGAGCAGGCCGAGGCCGAGGGUUUGGACAAGAUCCUCGAGGCCGCGGGCUUCGAGUGGCGCGAGCCGGGCUGCUCCAUGUGCCUCGCGAUGAACCCGGACAAGCUCAAGCCCCAGGAGCGGUGCGCGUCGACGUCGAACCGCAACUUCGAGGGCCGCCAGGGCAACGGCGGCCGCACGCACCUCAUGUCGCCCAUCAUGGCCGCCGCCGCCGCCGUGACGGGCACGCUCACGGACGUCCGCGAUUUGCUCGGCGACGUCGAGAACGGGUCCUUCGAGGCGCCGCCCGAGGCCACGCCGACGAUCGACGCCUUCUUCGCCGACGCCACGGCCUCGACGGGCCCCCAGAUCAACGCCGACGCCACGGCCGGCGGCGGCGACGGCGACGCGGCCGCGGGCGGCGGCAUGACGCCGUUCGUGACGCUCACGGGCCUCGCGGCGCCGCUCGACAUCCAGAACAUCGACACGGACAUGAUCAUCCCCAAGGAGUUCCUCAAGACCAUCAAGCGCAGCGGCCUCGGCUUCGCGGCCUUCGCGGAGCUGCGCUACGAGAACCCGGACGUCGUCGCGACGGCCGGCACGCCGGACGUCGCCGUGGACCGCGCGGACUUCGUGCUCAACCAGGCGCCCUGGCAGGGCGCGGCGAACAUACUGGUGGCCGGCGACAACUUUGGGUGCGGCUCGUCGCGCGAGCACGCGCCCUGGUCCAUCAACGACAUGGGCAUCCGGUCGAUCAUCUCGACGUCGUUCGCCGACAUCUUCUACAACAACUGCUUCAAGAACGGCAUGCUCCCCAUCAUCCUCCCCCGCGACGCCGUCGAGGACCUCCUCGACGCCGCCGCCAAGUGCGAGCAGCUCACCGUCGACCUCCCGUCGCAGACGGUGUCGCGCGCGGACGGCACGGGCGCGACGUACUCGUUCGACGUCGACCCCUUCCGCAAGAACAACCUCCUCAAGGGCCUCGACGACAUCGGCCUCACCAUCGCCAACAACGCCGACGACAUCGCCAAGUUCGAGGACAAACGCUCCCGCGUCUGGCCCUGGCUCGACGGCGCGACGACGCGCGUGCCGGACAACAUGCCCGUGCCGCUCGCCGCGUCCGCGCAGGAGCUCCAGGCCAGCCGGUGA